UGUCAUUGUAACUGGGGCUGUUUCGGGCUGUCGCUCUUUCUCCCACGGGAACAUUUUCGAACGCUUAGAAGCGAUUUAAUAACAAUUAGCAGUGUUUUAUUAAGCCCCUACCUAACCAACCCCCCUCCUUACCACCGCCCAGCAAUUGUUUAAACCCCUUGGCGAUUAUCACGAAGGCUUUACAACAACAAUUAUUAAGGAUUUACAACCAACAGUCUUCUUCUUUGACGUCGUCGUUGUUGUUGUUGGACGAUGUUUGGCGGCGGGGACGAGGAUGACGGAGACUUCGUCACGGCGCCAAGCGGAUCCAACCUGGCCUCGCUAUUCGGCGGGGUCGACGCGUCCGGCCAAGGCAACCCCUUCCAGUUCCACGCGCCCAAGCAACCGCGGAAGGGCCAGCCCAGCGCAGCAAAAUCACAAAAGCCUGCCCCGGACGUCCCAGCUGUGAUGUCUACGGCCGUCGUCCAGACAUACAUGUAUGUGAAUGGGCAGUACGCAAGUCGAGGGAAACUCGGACUGGCAUUGUUGGGCAGUCCCGAAGCCAAAGACUACAAGUUGCUGUUGUACGGGCAGCAGAGGAAAACUGUGACCAGCGCCAGGAUCCACAGCUCCUUCGCAUUCAGCGUGCAAGCCAACAAUUAUGCCAGUUUCUACGACGACCAGCGCCAGAACUGGUCGAUAAUGUUCGACAACGAACAAGUCGCAUCGGACUUCUCCACCCAGGUGUGUUUGGCCAAGUGGCAAGCCACCCCCCGGGAGGAGCUCGGCAAGGCCCUGACCCAGGAUUUGCGGCCUGGAGAAGGUCAGGGCGUGGAGGCGGGCGACAAUCUGGAGGUGGAGUACACGGGCUGGAUUCUGGAGCCGAGCGGAGCGCUGGGAGAGGUGUUUGACAGUAACGUCGGGAAGGAGAAAAUGAUGCGGCUGAAACUGGGCAAAGGAAAAGUGAUUAAGGGCUGGGAGCAAGGCAUGCUGGGAAUGGGCAAGGGCGGCCGACGGUUGCUGUUGGUGCCGGCCCCCCUGGGAUACGGGGCCCAGGGCUUGCCCCCCCGAAUCCCCGCUAACAGCUCCCUGGCGUUCCGCGUGGAGAUCAAGCGAGUGAGGUUUGCCCGUGACGCCGGCACCACGGACCUCCGUGACUGCCACUCCCCGUCGCCCGCGCCCAGCCUGGGCGAGGCACCACCCACCCUCACCGCCCCACAAACGCCACCACCCCCCCCCGGGUCGGACGAAUCCGUCAAGUCGCGGUCGCACUCGCUCACCGAGCAGCUCACGAGUCAGCCGGACUCGGUGAGGGCGAAGCUGAUCUCCCGGAUGGCGCGAAUGGGGCAGCCGCUGCUGCCCAUGGGCGGUGGCGCCACCCCCGCUCAGGGGGACACCAGCGACUCGGAGCACGAGGAUGGAGGCCUUGCCGUUGGCACUCCCGGUGGGGCUGUACGCACACCCUCACCACAGCCUCGCGCCGUUCCCACCAGCACACUCACCACGGCCGCUCCCGUGCCAGGCAAGCAACCGGUGCCGGCGUUCCGCACGCUGGCGCAACCCCCCACGGCACAGCAGCAGCACCACCAGUACCAGCAGCACAACCAGCAGCAGCAGCAGCAUCACCAGCAACAGCACCAACAGCACCAACAGCACCAACAGCACAACCACCACCAGCAGCAGCAGCAGGCACUGGCACCCUACCAGGUGUGGCCUGACGCGGGGUUCAUGUACAGCCAGGUGCCGGCGGCGGCCGCUCCUGCCCCCGCUUACUCCUCACCCUUCCCAGGGACAGGCGACGUCACGUCCUUCCUGAUGACGGAGGCGCGGCAGCACAACACGGAGGUGCGCCUCGCCAUUGGCAAGGUCUCCGACAAGAUGGAGCAGCUGCAGAGCAAGGUGGAUGACAUCCACAGGCAGAGCGUCGGAGGCCUCGGCCUGCCGCAGGCCGCAAUGGCGACCAUCAACAUGGACGCCGCCAUGAUCAUGCAGAACAUCACGCGCAUACUGCAGGAGAAUGAGCGCUUGAAGCAGGAGGUGCUGGAGAGGAGCGGCAAGAUCGAGCAGCAGAACGAGAAGAUCGGCGAUCUGCUGCAGAGAAACCAGAGGUAUGUGGAGCAGAGUAAUCUUCUGCUUGAGCAGAGGAACGACUCGUUCAAGAACACGACGGAACAGAACCAAGGGCGAGUGCUCACCCUGGAACAAGACAAGGUGUCCCACGCACAGGCCCGGCUCACGGAGGCGCUGGCCCAGGUGACUGCCCAGCUGACGGGUGCCCAGGGGCAGCUGGCUGCCAGCCGCUCGCAGCAGCAGGAGGCGGACGGCCGCCUGCAGGGAGCCCAGGCGGAGGCGGCGGCACGGGGGGCGGAGGUGGUGGAGCUGGGGGAGCAGCUGAGCGCCGUGCGGGAGGAGCUGCGCCGCUCCCAGGAGGCGCUGCGGUGCGAGCGAGCUCAGCUCCACGAGACGCGGCUCGGCACGCAGACGCUGCAGCAGGAGGUCGGAGAGCUCCGUGACAGCAAGGCGGCCGUCGAAAAGGCCUCGCUGGAGCGCGAGCGGCGCCGCGCCGACGACGACGACGAGCGCCGGUGCGAGGAGCUGCGGCUGGCGCACGACGCCCAGCUGCUCGCGCUCCGGGAGCAGCUGCAGAGGGGCCCCCAAACCCAGCAGCUGUCUGCGCUGCGUGCAGAGUUGGAGGAGCAACAGGCGGCCUCCCUGCAGAAGCUCCAGGCGGAGAGAGACGCCCUGCGGAGAGAGAGGGACGACCUCCUGGAAAAGGCCGCUCGCUUCCAGACCGAGCGGGACGAGUUGAGCGAGCGAUCGGCCGAAUCGGAGAAUCAAGAGGCCCGGCUGUGGCAAGAGAAGUACUCGGGCCUGCGGCUGAAAGCGGCGGAGAUGCGUCGCGAGUUUGAAGCGCGGCUCGCCCUCACGGCGGCGGACGCCCAGCGGCAACAGCAGCAGGAGGCCGGCAGCACGGACACCCUCGCCGAGGUGAAGAAGGUGAUGAACGGGGUGUUCCGCUCUCUGCGCUCCGAGUUCACCCUGGAGGGGACGUACAGCGGCCGCAUGAUCCUCGCCACCGUCAUGAACACAAUCAAGGCCACGACCCUCAGCCUCGUGAGCGGCUCCGAGUCGCCGGACGAACGCGGCGUCUCCGAUUCCUCCUCCUCCGCCGCCGCCGCCGCCGUUCCGGCCUCCGAGCCCGAAACGUCGGACACCGCUCCCGACCGCCCGCCGUGCCAACCCCAAGGGCCCGGGAUGGGGAGCACCAACGCCAGCGGUGACGUCGCCAACAGGAGCCUCGCGGCCUCGCGAAGACGCGGCUCCACUGUCCGUUGCGACGACGUCGGCAGUGGAGGAGGUGGAGGAGGUGGAGGAGGUGAAGUGGUGGAGGAGGUGAAGGUGGUGGAGGUGGAGGAGGUGGAGGAGUUGGAGGAGGUGGAGCAGGUGAAGGAGGUGGAGGUGGAAGAGGUGGAGGCACCGCCGUCGCCGGGAGACGGAGCCUCGGAACCAACCGCCGGCGCCGCCGAAGGGAUGGCAGCGGAGAGAGAAUGUGACACCACAACCGUCACCACCACCACCACCACCAACUCCACCACCGCCGCCACGGUGGUGGUGGCGGUGACGGUAGCGGCCGGGGAGGAGGCGGGGAGCGGCGUUCCCGAGCGGCCGACGAGCGUUGCCGGAAUGCCGCAGCAGCCACCAUCUUCCGCGGGAGACGAUGAGAAGGAUGAUGAUGAUGAGGAGCAGGAAGAUGGAAACCUCUUCUCAUACGAGGCGCCCAACAAGAAGGUUUCGCGCGACGACAGCGGAAGUCCUGUUGACAAACCUGGACCACCUCCGCUCUUCGGAGAUGAUGAAGAAGACGACGAUGAUGUGGAUUGGUUGAAAUGAAGAUGUCUGUGUGUGUGUACGUGUGUGUACGUGUGUGUGUGUAUGUGUGCACACAUUUGUGUGUGUGUACGCGUGUGCGUGUGGGCACUUGUGUGUGUGUGUGUGCGCGUGUGUGUGUGUACGUGUAUGUGUGUACGUGUGUGUGCGCACAUUUGUGUGUGUGUACGUGUGUGUACGUGUGUGUGCGCACAUUUGUGUGUGUACGCGUGUACGUGUGUGCGCGUGUGUUCGUGCGCGUGUGCGGGCGUGUGUGUGCGUGUGUGUACGUGUGUGGGCAUGCGCGCACAGCAAGUUGGCACAGUAGGGGGCACAGGCGGUGCAUCAGUCAUCUCAGUCGACCCGUGCCAGCGGGCGUUCGACACUUCACGUGGCCUCAACAUGCACAUGGCCUGGCACAAGCGUCGUGGUGACAUCACCGCCACUUAGUGGCGAAUGGCGGUUGUUGUUGUGCGUGCGCGCGGUUAAAGCCUGUGUCCCUGGCAAACCUGAGUUCAGCCAACAUCGGUGGCAAGUGAUAUCUGAACCGGUCUUGCGCCACCUCUAGGUCGACUCAGCCUUAAGCGAGUACCUGGUGCAGUAGGCUACACAGGGGAUCUUUUUUUUGUGUGUUGAAUCGCGUGGCUGCGUGCUGUAAGAAGAACCCUUAUCAUGGUGGGUCCUUGUACUGCUUAAUACGACCAACAGACCUCGGUUCGAUUGCUGCCCCUGUUACAUAUACAGGGUCUAGUAAACAUUCUGCAACGUUGGGCCAACUCGGGUUGAUGCCGAGACAACGUUUGCGUGUUUAAGAGGAGGAUCGGUAGGCCAGCAUGAUGGAUGCUCUAAUAAUUUUUGGAUUGCAUCUGAGAAAAAAAUGGACCGAGAUUGCUAAUUAUAAUCUGGAAAAUCGAAUUGAUUUGGAUUGAUUACUAAAAUGUGAUGUUACCGGAAGUGACCGCGAAACCGAUGACUUCAAAGGAAGUGAAAUCGCUCGCGUGUGCCAUCACAGGAAGUGACAUCACUCACGUGCGUGCCAGCACAGGAAGUGACAUCACUCACGAGUGUGUCAUCACAGGAAGUGACAUCACUCGCGUGUGUGCCAUCACAGGAAGUGACAUCACUCGCGUGUGUGCCAUCACAGGAAGUGACAUCACUCACGUGUGUGUGUGCCAGCACAGGAAGUGACAUCACUUGCGUGUGUGCCAGCACAGGAAGUGACAUCACUUGCGUGUGUGCCAUCACAGGAAGUGACAUCACUCGCGUGUGUGCCAUCACAGGAAGUGACAUCACUUGCGUGUGUGCCAGCACAGGAAGUGACAUCACUUGCGUGUGUGCCAUCACAGGAAGUGACAUCACUCGCGUGUGUGCCAUCACAGGAAGUGACAUCACUCGUGUGUGCCAUCACAGGAAGUGACAUCACUCGUGUGCCAGCACAGGAAGUGACAUCACUAGUGUGCCAUCGCAGGAAGUGACAUCACUCGUGUGUGUGCCAUCACAGGAAGUGACAUCACUCGCGUGUGUGCCAUCACAGGAAGUGACAUCACUCGCGUGUGUGCCAUCACAGGAAGUGACAUCACUCACGUGUGUGCCAUCACAGGAAGUGUCAUCACUCACGUGUGCCAGCACAGGAAGUGACAUCACUCAUGUGUGCCAUCACAGGAAGUGACAUCACUCAUGUGUGUGCCAUCACAGGAAGUGACAUCGCUCAUGUGUGUGCCAUCACAGGAAGUGACAUCACUCGUGUGUGCCAUCACAGGAAGUGACAUCGUCUCCACGGCGGUAACGCCCUUUUCGCCAAAUGCGCUGUCGCGGUGACGCCCCUUGUUGCUCAAACGGUUCAAGAUAUUAAAAUGUUCACGUUAAAAUCACGGCUUUUGCUGGUGGAACUCGAUGGUCGAGUUAAAGAUUCGGUGAUGAAUAAUGUGAAACGUAAAACACGACUGCAUUUCGCAAGUUAUUAAGAUGUAAUACAUUUACGUACAAAAAUCUAAUAAAUUGUGGAACUUGCCUAAAU